AUGAAUGAGGCCGACGAGGGAACCAUAGUGGUGAAGAGAAGAAAAUUACCCAGCACAUGGAAAGAAGAUGCAUCGUUCGAAUUGAAAGAUGAUUGGAGAACAACAUAUAUCGAAGACUUAACUACAGAAGCGGAUGAUCAGUUGCUUCCCACUAAAGUGCUAAAGCAAUUUGUUGUGGUUCGAGGAGCACUAUACUUUCGAAUAUCCGGGGGUGCUUUAUCACGGUGUAUGGGAAAGCCAUUCCGCUCCGGGAUUAUCUCAGGUUCCACGAUCGCUGCAUUCAUCAAAGAGCAUAUCAUAUGUCGAUUUGGUGCACCUAUGAUUAUCCGCUCGGAUAAUGGUACCUCUUUUGUUAAUCAAACAGUGAAAGAACUAUUGGACCAAUAUGGAAUCAAGUUCCAUACUUCGACUGUCUACUACCCUCAGGGAAAUGGACAGACAGAAGCGACUAAUAAAACAUUGCUAAGGAUAUUAAGUCGCACCGUACAUGAUAACCAUAGGAGUUGUCAUGAACAGCUACCCCUUGCACUUUGGGCAUAUCGCAUUUCCAAGAGAAGUUCAACUGGCGCCUCUCCUUACUCCUUGGUAUAUAGAGAAGAUGCAAUACUUCCAGCGGAAAUUGCAAUUCCUUCUGCACGAGUCGCUGUGUCCAGUCUCACUACCCCAUAUGAGGUUAAUCGACUUUCUCACCUAGAUACCCUAGAAGAACGACGAGCCAAAGUUGAGCGUUUUUCGGACAAGUAUAGGAAAAGGACGGCAAGAUAUUAUAACCAGAAAGUAAAGGAACGGACCUUCAGCAUAAAUGAUGUAGUUAUGAAGAUCGCACCACAUGUCCAACGCAAUGAAAAGGCAGGAAAAUUUGCUGCAAAUUGGAAAGGUCCCUACCUGAUUCGUGAAGCUGCAGAAAGCAAAUAUUACUAUCUCAAGCGGAUGAAUGGCUCACGUAUCAACACUCCUAUCAAUGGUAAAUGGCUUAAAACUUAUUAUGCUUAA